ACAUUCGGCUAUUAUGAACUUUUUGGGGUUAGAUUUACGCAAUUGACUUUUACACGGAAUAUUAGCGGCGUGAAUUUUCUCUCGUAUUUCCUUGUAAUAUCAAAGAAAAACUUUAAUCAUCAAGAGGAGCAAUGUCUGCUUUUGUUGCCGUACGUCAAGCAAGUGCACUGAGCGUUGCGGUCGCUGCUGUGGGUCGUUGCAGCGCUGGCCGUCGAGCAUUUAGUACUGGACGACUGAUUCGUAGUGCGAGGGGAACUGCUGCUGCACUUUUGCGUUGUCCACAUCGUCUACCCACAUUUUCUGCGGCCCCACCUACUUUCCAACAUUAUGUGCGAUCAUAUGCAAAUGAGAAAAGGGUAUUCGAGCGUACCAAACCCCACUGCAAUGUCGGCACAAUCGGUCAUGUGGAUCACGGAAAGACCACUUUAACGGCUGCUAUCACCAAAGUGUUGGCAGAAAAGGAACUAGCUGAAAGUAAGAAAUACAAUGAAAUUGACAAUGCGCCAGAGGAAAAGGCACGCGGAAUUACUAUCAAUGUAGCUCACGUGGAAUACCAAACAGAAUCCCGUCAUUAUGGCCACACUGAUUGCCCCGGUCAUGCUGAUUAUAUUAAAAAUAUGAUCACCGGUACGGCGCAGAUGGAUGGCGCUAUACUAGUGGUUGCUGCCACUGACGGCGCUAUGCCACAAACUCGUGAACAUUUAUUGCUAGCAAAGCAAAUCGGCAUAAACCACAUUGUAGUGUUUAUCAACAAAGUUGAUGCUGCUGAUCAGGAAAUGGUCGACUUGGUUGAGAUGGAAAUUCGUGAGCUGAUGUCUGAGAUGGGUUACGAUGGAGAUAAUGUGCCUGUUGUGAAAGGCUCGGCGCUGAGUGCUUUGGAAGGCCGAAAUCCUGAAAUUGGAUCCGAGGCAAUUAUGAAAUUGUUGAACGAGGUUGAUAACUUUAUUCCUACACCUGCACGUGAAUUGGAUAAACCUUUCUUACUGCCAGUUGAAGCUGUGUAUUCCAUUCCUGGACGAGGUACUGUCGUCACCGGUCGUCUGGAGCGCGGAGUGGUUAAGAAAGGCAACGAUUGCGAAUUUGUGGGCUACAAUAAAGUUAUUAAAUCUACAGUAACUGGUGUUGAGAUGUUCCAUCAAAUUCUUGAUGAAGCCCAAGCUGGUGAUCAGUUAGGGGCUUUGGUACGUGGUGUGAAACGCGAUGAUAUCAAACGUGGUAUGGUAAUGUGCAAGCCUGGUUCAGUUAAAGCGCUUGAUCAGCUGGAAGCACAAGUGUACAUAUUAGCGAAGGAAGAAGGUGGUCGCCAUAAGCCAUUCAUGUCAUUCAUUCAAUUGCAAAUGUUUUCUCGUACAUGGGAUUGUGCAGUGCAAGUACAGAUACCCGAUAAAGAGAUGGUGAUGCCUGGCGAGGAUACUAAAUUGAUUUUGCGUCUCAUAAGACCAAUGGUAUUGGAACAGGGGCAGCGAUUCACAUUGCGAGAUGGCAACUUAACCUUGGGCACAGGUGUUGUAACGAAAGUACUGCCGCCACUUUCUGAAACCGAACGCUUAUCGUUGACCGAAGGCAAGAAGGCACGUGAGAAGAAGGAAGCUGCCAAGAAAUAAACUAGUGAAACGGUUUUUGUUUUAAUUAUAUUUAGUUUUAUAUGAAUAUCUAAUACCUUUGUAAUUUUAAAGAGGGAAUCGGAAUGUGUAAUGAAAAAUGUGCUUCAAUUGCAUUUCGAUUUUUAUAAUUGAGUAUGAAAGUUGCAUUCAACUUCAUAAUUCCAUACAUCCAGUUGAUCGCUAAAUAAAAAAGUUGGACCAAUA